GUGGGGCUGGCGACCGUGCAACUUGCACCGCUUCUCUCUUUCGUCUCUCUUUUUACUGGGCUGUCUGUGCUACCGACCAUAUAUCCAGUAUAGGACAGUCAUGCUCUGUGUGUAAGCGAAAAAUGUUUUAUUUCCAACAGGGGACAAUUAUCGGUUUUGAAAUCCAGGCAACUGAGGAUGCACAGCGCUGCUGAGGAGGAUAGUAGUAGGACUCUGUUCAGCUCCACCGAUUUCAGACAACGACGGGAAUUCUCAUGUUCGCGGUAUGCCUCCUAUUGAGAGAGAGAGUAAAGCAGGGAAAGAAAAUAACGUCUGACCACAUUGGAUUCUACACUGUCCCUUUGACUUUCUGUGUGAAAAGUAAAUGGUGCUAGGUAGUUGCACACUAGUACCCGAACAACCCGAUAGUGGAGGGAGGAGCGAUGAGAAGAACCCCAUCGCGGUAUACAACACUGGCUUGCUUUGUUUCUCAGCAAAGGACCCUUUCAGAAAUAGGCUGAUACAGAUACUUUCUUCAAGUGGCACUGUGUUUGCCUAAUGCCGACUGGCACUUUAUUCUGGACCAUGUACAGUAUGAUCGAACAUUAAUUGUAAACGUUUUUCAGAUUCUUUAAUACUAGUUUAUGGAUUAUCCAUGGACUGAUCAUUCAGACGUAUAAUAACCAGAUCAAAAUGCUACUAAUUAAGAACUGACCGACUUUCUGAAUUUUGAACAUCCGGACAUGUAAUUCAAACUUUUCCAGUAUUUGUUGAAAUAGGAUUAUCAAAUUGUUGAAUCAAUCAAAAUUGUCUUCAUCUAUUUCUGCUUGGAUACCCGUCGAUUGUAAUAUAGACAAAAGUAAAUACGGAGGGGAGUUAAUGGGUAUGUCAACAAGACUACAGCUUUGACUGAAAACCAUCUGGAAUUGUGGAAUUGGACCUCCUGAAACGUACUCUGCUGUAAAGUGCGGUCGCGUCAUUGCAACUGCCCAGGCCAACAGCGCAGAUAUUUGGGGAUUUGAGAGUUACAGUGACCCACGUGGAGCAGAGAUCCAAAGUGGACAGUACACCAUGGGUUGUUGCAGUGGCAGAUGCACGCUGGCCUUUAUAUGUGGCAUGCAAUUGAUCAGCAUAUUGGAACGACAAAUAUUUGACUUCCUUGGGUACCAGUGGGCUCCCAUCCUCACAAACUUUGUGCACAUCAUCACAGUCAUCUUGGGCCUCUUUGGGACUGUACAGUUCAGACCAAGAUAUGUGACCGGGUAUGCAGUGUGGCUGGUUCUCUGGGUGACCUGGAACAUCUUCAUCAUCUGUUUCUACUUGGAAGUGGGGGACCUCUCCAAGCAGGACAGUGACCUGAUCAUGACCUUCAACAUGUCCAUGCACCGGUCCUGGUGGAUGGAGAAUGGUCCAGGCUGCAGGGUGACCCCGGUCACCCCUCCUCCGUCCUGGGCCCCGGAGGACCACCGCUACAUCAGCAUUGCAGGUUGUCUGCUGGAGUACCAGUAUGUGGAGGUGGCCCAUAGCUCCCUGCAGAUUCUUCUGGCUCUUGUUGGGUUCAUCUAUGCCUGUUAUGUGGUGAAGCUCAUCUCAGAAGAGGAAGACAGCUUUGAUUUUAUAGGAGGGUUCGACUCCUAUGGUUAUCAAGGGCCUCAGAAGACAUCCCAUUUGCAACUACAACCCAUGUACAUGUCAAAGUAACAAGGACAGCUGCCUUAUGAACCAAUCAAAUAGAGAGCUACAGUUCUAACUUAUUGUCUCAUUUCGUAAAUGUCUUAAAAUAAUACAGUGUCUUACAAACUGUGUGGAGAACGUGAGAUUCGACACUUUAACCUCAAAGACUCCGACAAACACUGGGUUUUCUUUGUCUCUGCUCAGCCUCUUUGCUCAGUGGUGGAGUCAGUCUGGGUCUGGACAAGGGGCCAGGCAGGUGCAAGAGCGCCCUCCUGUGGCUAUGUUGACCUUACAGGACGCAUAUCUCUCCAUACUGGUUCUUGCUUUCUUUAUGACAGCUGAAUAACUGUUAUAUUGAGGGAACAAAUUGCUUUGAUGCCACUGGACAGUGUUCAAAAGGACCAAGAUUCCGGACAAAGGGAAA